UCCGAUUCUAGCAUCAGAAGCAGCAAGUGCAAAACUCCGCAAUGAAAAGAUUCACAACUGUAUCCCUGCUCCUCGCGGGCCUUAUUGCUACUUGCACAGGGAGGAACAUCGAAGUUGGCAACAAUCAACUUCAAGGAUCAUCGUCGGAGGUGUCUUCAGAAACCAAGGAAUCUAUGCAUCGAAUUGAGCUUGCCUGUUACGAGAAAACUGGUUCCAGCCAAACCUUUGAAGCCAUAGGCGCUUCCUUCGCUUUUGUUCCGGUUUGCUUUUUUAUGAAAAUAGAUGGGGUCGACUUCAUGAAUGACUUGGAUCGUCUGAACACGAACGCUUCCACACGACAUGAGUUCUUUCCCAAGUACUGUCCACAGAUACGCAAUGUACUUCCAUGUCUUGAUCCGCCGAUGAAUGAACUCAGCAAAUGUUUGGACGACGAUGAUACCCUAAUUUUACAUGGGACGUACAAUGCGAUGCCGGAGGCUCUGGAUUUGAUUUGCGAAAAUGACGGAGAGAUUCUGUUCCAGGAAGGCGCCAGCCUUGAAGUUUGUAUGAAGAAUUAUUACAACUACUCGGAAGAAUGUGGCGACUUGGUCUCGAACUCGACGAAUAUCAUGGCAGUUUCCAAGUACGGCGAGGCUCAAUGCGGAGAACUGUCCCAGGUUCGAGACUGCAUGCAGAGCAAAUUCAACGAAUGCAACGGUCCCAGGUUGAUGGACGUGUUUGACGUGUUUUGGAGCGCUGUGUUGAAGAACAGUCCUUGUAGAAAUGUCAUACUCAGAACAAACGAGAUAGACGAUGAUAAGGCACGCCAACAAGCAGAUUAGAUCAGUGGAUUUGUAUGCGGUUUGAACUAGUCCUUAUCGGUACCAAGUGUGAUCAAUCCAUGGAAUUCGUCAAAUGGAAUCCCAGGAAACUAAAACCUUUUAGUUAAUAAAUAAAUCGAAAAUAAACAAUUUGAUUUUACUCGUUCACACACCUUAUUUACAUAUUGCUUUAUUCAUCCAACUCCUUCUUUCUCUUCGCAUUUCAUGCUUAUUAGCUUAUUGCGUGCUCUCAACUUAGUGUUUUAAAUGCACUUCCAUAGUAUAGUAAUUGUCUGGCAAGUACAAUCAUACUCUAUGCCCAGGGAAGUCGAAAAAUUUCCAACCCGAAAAAAAUCUUGGACCGGACCGGGAAUCGAACCCAGCCACCUCC